CUGGGAAGUCUUCGGGCGUUACCAGAAAUGUUCACAGCACCGUGGAUCUGGGGAACAAUGCUAAUACUCUGCUGUGGGUUUUGGUUUCUUCUAGGGAGGAGGAGGAGGAGGCGACAAGGUGAGCCGCCACUUGAAAAUGGGUUCCUCCCGUACCUGGGCUGUGCCUUGCAGUUCAGCACCAACCCCCUUGAAUUCCUCAGAGAAAAACAGAAGAAGUAUGGCCACAUUUUCACUUGCCGAGUAGCAGGGAAAUACAUUCAUUUCCUCACUGACCCUUUUUCAUACCAUGCAUUGAUACGCCAGGGAAAACACUUGGACUGGAAAAAGUUCCAUUUUGCUGCUUCUGCCAAGGCUUUUGGGCAUGGUAGCAUUGACCCAGCAGAAGGAAACACCACUGAAAAUUUUCAUCAGACUUUCAUUAGAACCCUUCAAGGUAAUGCCCUAGAUGCCCUCAUUGAAGCAAUGAUGGAAAACCUACAAUACGUCAUGUUGCAGUCAAGAACAUCUAAACUUCAGUCUAAUGCCUGGGUGACAGAAGGACUUUAUACGUUUUGUUGCCAAGUGAUGUUCGAGUCUGGCUUUUUAACACUUUUUGGUAAAGAAUUUAAUUCAAAUCACGACAAAAAUCUGUCAUCAAAGCAGGAAACUGAGAGAGCUCAUAUACUAAAUGCCCUCGAAAACUUCAAGGAAUUUGAUAAAAUCUUCCCAGCCCUCGUGGCAGGACUGCCUAUCCACCUCUUCAAGAGUGCCCACAGCGCACGUGAGAAGCUGGGAGAGGCACUCCUCCACAAGAACCUCCUGAAGAGGGACAACCUCUCUGAGAUUGUCACCCUCCGCAUGUUUCUGAAUGACACUCUGUCAACCUUCGAUGACAUGGAAAAAGCGAAGACCCAUGUGGCAUUGCUCUGGGCCUCACAAGCCAACACUAUUCCUGCCACGUUUUGGAGCUUGUUCUAUCUCCUUAAGAGUCCAGAAGCAAUGACAGCUGCUACCAAAGAAGUGCGAAGUGUUUUGGAAAGCGCUGGACAGAAGAUCAGCUUAGAUGGCAAACAUAUUUCCUUGAACCGAAAACAGCUGGAUAAUAUGCCAGUACUAGACAGUGUCAUCAAGGAGGCAAUGAGGCUAUCGAGUGCAUCCAUGACUUUCCGAGUUGCCAAGGAGGAUUUCACUUUGCACUUAGAGAACAAUUUUUACAACAUUCGCAGUGAUGAUAUUGUAGCUCUUUAUCCUCAACUGUUGCAUUUUGAUCCAGAAAUCUAUGCUGAUCCCUUAACAUUCAAAUAUGAUCGCUUUCUCAAUGAGAACGGAGAAGAAAAGACUGACUUCUACCGCAACGGUCGCAAGUUAAAGUACUACUAUAUGCCAUUUGGAACAGGCAUAGCAAAAUGCCCUGGCAGGUUAUUUGCUGUCCAUGAAAUUAAGCAAUUUUUGGCUUUGAUAUUUUCAUAUUUUGAGAUAGAGCUUGUGGACAAUAAUGUGGAAUGUCCUCCUUUAGAUCAAUCCCGUGCAGGACUGGGUAUUUUGCAACCAGCCAAUGACAUUGAUUUCAGGUAUAAAUUGAAAUGUCUAUGAAUAUAUAUUUUAUAUUAUACAUAUAAACUAUGUACUAUAUAAAUACACUAUACUUUAUACCCAUUUUAUGUAUUUAUGCAAAUGAGAUGUUGCAAGUCUGGGGGAAAAUCUAUAUGAAGAUGCUAAUUCGUAAGUCUAAUGGAAAAUGCAUAAUGUAUACCAUUACGGUACCAGCACACAGUGGGUUUAAUGCACUGUGUUGAUACAAAUGUUUCCCCUUUUACCAAUCAUUUUGAAAU